CAAUGGAUCGGUCGAGAUACACACGUGCUUGCGUGAUACACCUGUGUCGUAAAGUAGGAAAAGUGAUACGAUAUCUAGCCGCGUGAAUUGCAAUAAGACCGAGCGGGCUCUCGAGACGACGCUUCUUUUCCUUCCCUCUCCUCUCUCUCUUCUUCUUUUUCUUCGUACAAUCUUUCGUCCCUUCUCUCCCCCACUUCUUUCUCCUCUCUUGGAUGCGGCUUUUCUCGGUCGACCGGUCGACUGGCUUCUCAAGCAAGGGGGCGUGCUUGCUCGCGCUCGCAUACAACGAACGCGAACGCGAAACUAUCUAAGCACGAGACGCAAACGUAUUCGUUCUAGUGUGCCUCGUAUGCUAUUCGUGUGUGGCCCGAGACGGGCCACUUUGUGCCACUCGACGCGUUGUGCGUAAUCGGCCAGCAGAUCGUCUCUUCCUUUUCUCCGCGAUUCCAAGGGUAAGAAAGCUCGCUCGGAAAAUAUUCGGACGCGUGAGAUUGGAAUGAGAUUGGAUUGUCUGUCGCGCGUUCGUGUUCGUGCUUGUUCGUCUCGCUUCUGCCAGAGAACGAAAAAGCCGGAUGGAACAGCAAUAAAAGAACCGCGAGAUUUCGUUAAUCAAAGUUCCUCGAACGAUGUGCCAUGGCUUCGUCUUUAGGGGGGUCAGGAAUGACGUCGGGCGUCUCGUCGCCGCGAAUAGUCAACCUGGAAUUUCCCCCACCUCCACCUUAUCCACCGCCGCACAAUCAGAUAUCGCGCAACGCUUUAAUGGAACCGGUAUCACCAGUGUCACCCAUCACGACUUCUCAACAACAUCCGCUUCUGGAUUAUUCGUAUACGUACUACCAGUCUGAUUCGAAUCAUUUUCAUGUCGCAUAUCCGACACAAGCGCUCUUGCAGCAACAACAGCAGGAGCAACAGCAGCAGCAGCUACAACAGUUGCAGCCAGUGAGAUCCGACCCUUUGAAGAGACACACUUACACAACUUGCUAUGGAACGGAAGAAAAUAUUUACGAAGAGAUAUCGGAAAUCAGCAAGCAAUGUCAUCGCGCGUUGCACGGAUCGCGAAGGUCACUUGUGGCAGAAGAGGUACGUCGCGUACAAUCGCGACAUCGACGUGUGCUCGGGGAACUUAACUUAAGCGUAGAGGCAAUGUUGAUGCCACCUGUGGUUGACAAUAACGAGGAACAAAUAGCGCAGGAAGUUCAUGAAACUUCCACCGAUGAACUGCUGCCUUCGACUAGUUACGCUGAUGAUGUGCUCUCGCGCGGAUGUGACAUGGACAGUGGUUUCAGUGGGAGCUCUAGCGCGAGUUACAGGUCAGGCUUGGGAUCUUUAAGAAGAGGAAUGGGGAAAACGAGCGGCAUGGAACUAAUUGGUAUUCCACGCAAAACGAAAGCUGCCAUGAUUUGGAAAAAAGGCUGGAAAGGUUGGAAAAAACUGCAUUCCUUUGGAAACAGUAGCAGCAACAGCAAGAUCAUUGACGAACCUCGUUCAAGGUGCAAAUCGUGGGAUGACGUAGGACCCGGCAAAAUGGAAACUGUCAGUGGAAAUGCGCGUCAUCCCUCUCUAGAGACAAGCAGGUCCAACACGUCCACGCAAUCCGCCAGAAGCGAGGACUCUUGGUGUUCGGCAUCGGAUCACGAUAUCUCUUCCGAUGAUGAAAGCGAAAAGAGUAAUAUCAGUAUUAAAAGUAAUUGCCAAUUGAGAAAUACGUUGCAAAAGGCGCGCACGCUUUGCGACCCACACAGGUGGCGAUUUCAGAAUAUACCGGCAAACAGUGCGGAUAUUUUGGAAUCUCCGGGGAAUCACGGACGUCUCUCGAGAUGGUUCAGCAUUCGCAGAGGGUCGACGCAUCAUUACGAUGUAGAUUCCUCGGAUACCGUAUCUUUAACUAGUCCUGUCAAAACACCGCAAAUGCCACAGCUUUGCGAAGUCGACGAAGAGACUAGCGCAAUGAUACAGUUCCAGUGCGUGCAGCAACGAAGACAAGCUCCACCUACGCUUCCUCCACCACCUCCAAACUUGUCUCCCCAACAAUUGAAACGUCGACAUAUCGUGGCCGCGAUAGUACAUUCCGAAAACAGUUAUGUGUCUACUUUGCAGAGAUUAGUAAAUGACUAUAAAAAACCAUUGGAGGAAUCUUCACCACCUAUACUGAGUCAGUCCAAGAUAGCGACAUUGUUUCAUAGACUGCCCGAAAUUUUGCAAUGUCACACGUUAUUUAGAAUUGCUCUAGCGGAAUGCGUACGAUCCUGGGACAAAGACGAAAAGCUGGGAGAUGUAUUCGUCGCGAGUUUCAGCAAAGCCAUUGUUCUUGACAUUUACAGCGGUUUUAUAAACAACUUUUCUGUGGCAAUGGAUUUAGCUAAACAAGAAUCGAAGAGAAAGACUGCACUCGCAGACUUUUUUAAGGUGAAACAAAUAAGUGCCCACGAUAGAUUAUCCUUCUUUGGUUUAAUGGUCAAGCCUGUACAAAGGUUUCCACAAUUUAUAUUAUUUUUGCAAGAUUUAUUAAAGCAUACACCACAAGGACACCAUGAUAGAAUGUCUCUACAGUUGGCAUUAACGCAACUCGAGAGUUUGGCCGAAAUGCUAAACGAGAGAAAACGAGAAGCGGAACAAUUCCAAGCGUUUAAAGAAAUGUUGCGGCAUGUUUCCGGAAAACUAUCGCAUCGUCCGCUUUCUUCGUCAUCGCGUUAUCUUAUUAGAGAAGAUAAUGUCACGCAAUUGGAAUUCAAUCAAAACGGCAUGAUAACGAAAUCCAAAAGAAGAAGGUUACUAUUACUAAAUGAUUUAGUAGUAUGUGUUUCCGUUACUCCGAGAUCGACGGAAGACUUUUCUGGCAACGAACGAUUAACGUUGAAAUGGACGUAUCCGGUAUCGGAUAUCGAAAUUCAAGAUACUAGCACUUCUCCGACUUUAAGUCGAUUACUCACCGCUGGUUUGAAUAAGGGCGGCAGUUUAAAAUCUGACAAAAGCGGUGGUGAAUGUGGACAAGCAACUGACGCGGAUAAUCUCUGUGUAGAAAUGAACGAUCUUAUGCACGAUUACGAAGUCAUGUCUAGAAUAAGUGAUUUAGUAGUCCAAUUGAAGGGUAGAUACGAGGGAAUGACACUUCAGACUACCAAGCAAAUUCUGCAAUCGAUACAAAUGUCGAUACAACAGAAAGACGAGGAUAUGGUGUGGGCCGAUAGCUGUUGUCUCCAACUAGUCACAAAGCAAGGUCAGAUGUACACAUUUCAAACGGAAAAUCCGCUGGUGAAAAAGGAUUGGAUAACCGAACUUAGAUUGGCGCAAUUAGCUUUGGAUCCUAACAAUUCUCCAUCGUGGGAAGUACCUGAACAAGAGCAAAGGCCAUCUACGAAAAUGCCACUUUUUGUUAGUUCGCAAGCCGUAUAUCGCUCGCAACAUCAGACUGAAGUACGUUGCGGUUGUUAUUAUUCUAUUGAAAAUUCACGUUCCACAAGGCGACGCGGUAGGAGUCAAAAUUAUUUGUGGAUAUGUACAGGAGACGGCAUAUCCAGUCAUGUAACAGUUUUUGGUCAGUCGACAACAGCCUCGGCGACUAGUUUGAAACGCAUAACUACGUUCGAUCUGGUCGAAACUAGAGUAAGCGCUAUCGAGUUUGUAAAAGGGGUCUCCAAUUCCAACGAUUUUACCACGCUCGCCAGUGAUCUCGUAUGGAUGGGUACGGAUUCUCGGAAAAUUAUAAUUUAUGCCGCGACAGAACCUGAAAAAGAGGAAGAGAUCGGCAGUUAUCCCGUUUCGGGACCUGUAAUAGAAAUCAAAUAUCAUUGCGACAAUGUUUUCGUAGCUUUGGGUAUGGGCUUGUUACUUUUGUUUAAACGACAAGUCGAUGGCACGUGGUCCCUCAAAGAUCCCUUCGUUAUAUCGCUCGGUAACGAUCCUGUUUCGUGCCUAAUGCCGAUUAAUACGUCGGUUUAUGCCGCGUGUGGCAAAAAGGUUUGGGUACUUAACGCCACUUCGGGAGACGUCACCAAGAGCUUUAGCGCGCAACACGAACACGUCGGAAAUGUGAGACUUAUGGCCCAUUCUGGGGUCGGUCUUUGGGUUGCCCUUAAAAAUUCGAGUACGGUUUGUCUCUAUCACACAGAAACGUUUAAACAUUUGCAGGACAUUAAUAUAGCGUCCAACGUAUUGCGCGUGACAAAAAUGAAUAAUCCUCUCAACACGUGCGGUGGUUCCCCUCUCGCUGUCAAUAGUCAAACUGCGGUUACGGUCACGGCGCUUUUAGCGUGCAAAGGUCUCUUAUGGGUAGGCACUAAUGUAGGUAUUAGCUUGACUAUUCCGUUACCGCGUCUGGAGGGAGUGCCAAUCAUCAGUGGUCGCGUCAAUAUUUCGUACCACGCUCAUUUUGGUCCGAUUACUUUCUUAUUGGCGGUACACAACACGAAAGGCACAAUGUAUUCUGCCUCGAAGAAUGCUCGCGUCAAUGAUGACGAAAGUGUACCAUUACGAACGAAAGAUGUCGAACAGAAAUCGCGAGAUAGAACGAGUUUAGAUUCGACUGCGUCGAAUAAUCUCGCGAAACUGAAGCAACAGUUGACGGGAAGCCCGGUAAUGUUGAGAAGAAAGCGAAGCAAGGAAUACGAAUGCAGAGGCUCGAAGACACUUCCGAAGGGAUUAGGAUCUGGUUGUGGAUUUUUAUCGAGCUCUAUCUCUAGUUCGCAGAGUUCCGGUGAGAAUUGUGACGUUUACGGGCUUUACGGCGAACUGAUGUACGUGAAGGAUUACGAAAAUGAGAACAAUUCGGGUAUAGAUCCUAUUUACGAAACAUUGAGAAGAAGCGACCCAGAAUUGGCAGCCAUACCAAAUAAAGUAAGCACUUUGGAUCGUAGAUUGAAAAUGAAAAUAACUAGGCCUAGAUCUCUGGAUCUUUCCAACUGGUCGGUAGAUUCUCACGCAAGCUCCUUGUACACGUCUUCGGAGGAAAAUUUAUCUCUAAAAACUGGAAAAUUAUCGCGUAAUAGUAGUAUAGCUAGUCGUAACGGUCCUUACGACCUUUCUGCAACCAACAAUAGCGCAAUGCAAUCCGCAUUGGAACCAACAUCCCCGAGCAAUCUCAAGAUAAAUGGUAAGAAAAAUGGCAAAGCGCAACAAAUUGAACAACCUAAAAGAACGGUGUUGACGCUAAUGGGUGGACGCGGUUACGUCAAUUGGAGACAAUUACACGCGCAAUCCUAUAUUGACAAAAGUUCGAAAUCGACCUAUGCGUUGAAAGAUCCCAACAGUAAUGACGCACAUAUAGUCUUAUGGGAGAUGAAAUUGUGAUAUUUGUUCGCCUUAGACUUAUCGUUAUACAUCAAUUAUUGUAUCACAGAAGUAAAACUUUGACACUGAUAUCUAUGUGCAUCGUAGUAUCAGAAAAUAGGACCAAAAGAAUGCUUUAGAUAAGAUUAUUCUAAUGAGUUGUAUUUAGGACUGUCAGGCCCAUGACAUGAUUUAAUUAGAAUCGUGGCAACCGAGUAUCUGUAUCUUCGACUAUAUACAUAUAUAUAUAAUGACAUUACAAUUAAUAUACAAAUUGCUAUACGCGAAUUAUAUAUUAUCUUCUUAGAAGAAUCGAGAAUGCUAAAAGAAACCAAUGUCUAAUUCGAAUAUUUAAAUAUUAAACGUUUCUCGUAUACAUAAUUGAUAUUGUUUUAUAGGAGCUGUUUACUUACGCGUUAUCUUUUAAACAAACAACUUUUCUAGCAAAGGUUGACUUUAUUAAGUAAACAAAUUAAAAAUAUAUAUCGCGUUGCAAUUUACGAUGAGAUUAGUAUACACUAGUAAGUAAGCAACAGAUACUCUUGCCUUUCAAAAAUGAAUGCUUCCAUUGCAUAUGGACUAUAGUUAUGCAAUAACGUUACGAUGCGAUAUUAUGUACAAUGUAUCGAUACAGUGUAUCGUUUCUAGAUAUGAAUCAUUCAAAAUUUAUACCUGCUCCAGGGUAUAUCAAUUGAUGAAUCUCGUUAGUGUUUAACGAAACGUGUGAUAAGUCUUAAAAAUGGUAAGAAAACGCACAAAAACAGGAUUACGCUUAAAUGUGAAAACGUUUCCUAUUGUUAUAUUUGUCAUGCGAAUUUUUGCUACAGAAAUAUUAUGUUUACAGAGUGCGUUUAUUCAAUCUCGUUAAAAUUAAUAAUAGAUAAACCAUUGAAAUCGUUGCUCGCAUAUAUGAAACUAAAAUUCAAAUGGUUGAUUGGGUCUGGAUUAUACGUAAAAGACAUGUGCAAAAUAUUUACAUGCAUUGUGCAUUUACUUGUUGUAUUUUACUGCGUGUGUUAUAAGCUAUCGUAACGUACAUUGAUUUUGGCAAAAAUUAGACCCACUGAAAACUUGUCUGGACAUUAUUUGAUUUUAAAUAUUUUUUUUAUAUGCAGUAUUUGUUUUAAAAUGUGUGUGCGCGCCCGCAAGCGUGUAUACGUCAAUUUUUGGUUUUAAACGGUAAUUUUUUGCAUCGUCCUUGGCCGAGAUUUAAAUGUAAUAUUUCAACAAUUAUAUUUGCCGUUUGAAGCUAUAAUUGGCAAUUACGAGUCACGCAUAAAGUUAUGGGUAAAUUACCAGCAAGCUUAACAGACGUGUCGUUUCGAUAUUCGAUAAAUGUGUUUAUAAAAAAGUUUCAUAAUGCGCGUAAUGCAAAUCGACGCAAUCUAACGCAUUUACAUGAUUUAUAUUGGUAUAAAAAUUAAUUUUUCGUUGGAUAAAUCUAUCACGUUAAUCUGUAUUUCUUUAAAGUAAUUUGAAGACAUUUAUAUUUACAAUAUACCAGACCCGAACAGCUACUUAGAAUCUCGUUAUUUACAAGUUUUAUAAAGGCACGAUCCACUAAUAUUGACCGCGCGAAUAGAAAUUAAAAUCUCUUUCAUUUAACAAUUACUAAAAUUCAAAAACCAUGAGUGCUUACAAAAUCUCCAAUUAUCGCUUUCUUCUUUAUAGUAAUAUUUUGCAACAAAUAAUUAUGGAAGUCAAUAUUUAUUAAAAUUUUUCUCAAACAAUUUCUUCAAAAUGAAUUAUAAAUUUCUAAAUUCUCCGAUGAAUGAAAACUUUGUUUGUUAACAGUUUUCUGGACUCAACUAAAUAUAUAAUUAAACAAAUAAAUAGAUUUAUAUAUAUAUAUAUCUGUUCAUAUAUGAUAAAACAUUAAUUAGUAAUGGCAAUUUUGCAUUUGUUGUGAUAAGUAUUGAAAAAUUUAUAGUUACAGUUAUUAAUGAAAAAAUAUAUCCAAAUUUUUAUAAGAUGCUACCCCAUUUUGAUACGAUCGAAUGAAGAGAGUGCCAGAAAGUCUAUGUACAUAUAUUUCGCAAAAUAAUAAUAGUGUAUGAAAUCGUUAAAUAGAUUUAUAUUUUGUACACUAAUUCUGUUCGAAUAUACAUGAUUUAAUUUUAUAUUUAUGCCCCCAGUACGCGCGUUAGUUGUAUACAAUGAAACUUUACUAUGUAUUUAUUACUUGUAGUACGACGUUGUGUCAUUGCGUUAUAAAUAGAGAAUCUUGUUAUUUUGCUAUCGAAAAGAAAGCAACGGUAUAAUAUACUUUUUUGUUCAUUGUAACUUUAUAUAGCUACAUUAAAACUCUAGUUCUUCAAGCGAACAAAAUAUCUUUUUCUCUAUCCAACACACGCAAAUACACACAAAAUGUACACAAUAUAUACAUAUAUAUGUAUUGAGCACGCAGUUGGUUAUACAAAAAUCGGAUAAUGUGCAAAAGAUGAUUCGAGUGGAAUGCAGUCAGGCGAUACAAUAUUGCGGUAUAAAAUGCAAUCCAAUAUAUUAUAAUUUCUAAUAUUA